AUGUUUGAAGACUUUAGUUUUUCAAGUUCAGAGUUUAAAUUCCAAAAAUCACAUAGAGAACAUAGUUAUCAUGAUCAUUUAGGUAUUUAUAAAUUCAAAAAUAGCAAAAAGUUAAGAAAAACUAGAAACUCAACAUUAACAAUAUUAAUUAUUCUAAAAGUUUUUUGACAGCUGUUAAAAUAUUCCUAUUGAUUUCAUUUAUCUAAAGGAAUAUUUUAAUAUCCCUUUUUCUGAUUGUCCUAAUGAUUAUGAGAUUUCUAGACUUCAAAACAAAUUAUAUAGUCGACGCUUCUCUAUAAAUUAUAAAAAAAGUUGGAGUUUAGAUGAGAAAAAAGUAUUAGUUUGGGUUGUUGGAAAGUAUUGUUAAAUUAAUUAGAAAAAUUGUAGAUUUUUGGAUAAUGAAGACUUUAUUGAAAUAAGCCAAUAUCUAAUUAGAAGAAGUGUAGAUAAUGUAAGACAAAAAUGGUAGUCUAUGUUAAAAACAUCUUUAAUAGCUCAGCCAUUUACAUAAGAAGAAGAUCAAUAAAUUAUAAUUCUAUAAGAAAAAUAUAAAAGUAAAGAUAAAAAAUGGAAAUUGAUAGCAAAUCAGAUAAAUAAUAAUAAUUUAGUAUAUCGAACCUGUAAAUAACUUAGAGAGAGAUGGAUAAACUAUUUAGAUCCUAUUUUAUUAAAAAUUAAUGAACCUUGGACUGAUACAGAAGAUCUUGAAUUAAUUUAUCAAAUUCAAUAAAAAGGUAAAAAGUGGACUGAAAUAGCUAAGAGUAUGAAUAGAAAUGAGAAUUAAGUUAAAAAUCGAUUUAAUUGUCUUUUGAAGAGAGAAGAUGUGUAGGAUGAUCUAAAUAAAUUGAUUAAUAAGAUUUAAUGGAAAAUCAGCAAGUAGCCAGUAGUAAUAAAAUCAGAAAAUUAAGAUAGACUUGAAUUCUCUAAUCAAAAAAAUUAAAGUAUAUUUUUAACAAUUUCACAUAUUGAAACUUUAAAAAAAGAAGAUUUUAUUGAUCUUACACCUUGUAUGGUUAAUUUAAAAACAACUUAAAUUUAUUUUACUCCAAUUGAUAAAAUAUAAGGGUUACUAAAAAUUGAACAAUUAGAUUUUGACAAUCAAUUUGAAACAGCUAAAAAAGAUAUUGAAUAUUUUGAUGCAAUUCCUAAUUAGAUUUUUAAUUCUUUAUCUAUGAUAAGUGAGGAAUAUUUUAUUCCAGAAUAAUAUGGAUAGAUUUAGAACAUUAUCAAAUCUUUGUCAGAAUUGCCUAAUUUUGAAUCUAUUUCAAUGUCUUAAACCUCUGAAAUUAAUACUAAUACAGUCAAUCAUCCAAUAACAUGUAUUACUUCUAAGAAAAUAAAGUACUUUAAAAAUCAGACUGAUUUUAGUAUUCCUUAAAUUAGUAAUAAAAUCUAAUGGAGAUCAUUGCCAUUAAUACUUAUAUGUUGA